CGCCUGGGUUGAGUAUCAUUGGCGCCAAAGAAGACUGGAGAAGCACUACUGUCCUGCAAUCUGUCCAAAAAUAAAGACACGAUAUUGACACAUGCUCAAAAAUGGAUAUCCGGAGGUUUUUUGCAUCCACCAAACCUUCAAAUGAAAGCACCAGCACUGAUGAAGAACAGAAGAAGAAACAGAAAUCAAAAACCAAGAUCAAAAGUCCCAAAUCUGAUGAGAAACCAACUGGAAAACGAAAGAAAAGAGUCAUAAUUGAUUCAGACUCUGAGGAAGACAAGAAGGAGAAGAAGACCAAAAAGAGCACUAAAGAGACACCUGCACCCACAGUGAAGAAACAACCAGUAACUUUCGUUUCUGAUUCUGAUUCAGAUGACACAUUUGUGACUCUGAAACCGCACAAACCUAAAGAAAAUGGAACUGCUAAAGGCAAGGAGGUCUCAAAUUCAGGAAAAGCAAAACAAGCAAAAGUUUCCCCUAAAAGAUCUCCAAUCAAAUCCCCAAACACAACCUCAAAGCCAAGUGUGAAGAGUUCUCAGCCCAUUGUAUCAACAAAGGUCACACCAACCCCACCUAAACUGAAGCCUACCACAGUAAUGGCAUUCUUUGGGAGCUCAAGUGUUCAGAGGUCAGAGAAGAAAAUGGUGGCCAGUACCAGCACCAAAAGGAAAGCACCCACACAGGAAAUAGAUGAGUCGCUCAGUGAUGAAGCCAUUGCAAAAGAACUUCAGAUGGAUGAAGAAAUUGAGUUGGAAAAGCAGAUUCAUGACGAUGAGGAAUUUGCAAAAACAUUAGCCAUGCUGGAUGAAGCUCCCUUACCGAAAAAGGCUCGGGUAGACUCUAUCUCCCCUUCCAAGAGCAGCUGUCAGGCAGUUGCCUCAGACACCAAACCUAAAAAGGACCCAUCGCCUAAAACAAGUCCUGUGAAAACCAGCUCCAAACUGGCUCAGAUGAAAAAACGUCAGGAUGAAGAGGAUGAGCAAAGGAAAAGGGGCGAAAAGAAAAUGAAGAUCUCCCCUAAAAAAGAGCCCAUCUCACCAGCUUGCUCAGAGCAGGCAGCUACGCCCAAAACAGGAAGUGUUUCCACGGGAAUGACAAAAUCAAGAAGUAUUUCCACACCUAAAAGUGAACCCAGUAAAACUUCACCGACAAAACCAGAGAAUACAAGUCCUGAGGAUCUUGAGAAAAAACGAGCAAAUUCAUCAGCCUACCGUAACUUCUUGAACAGAGAAGGACCACGAGCUCUGGGGUCUAAAGAGAUACCACAGGGAGCAGAGAACUGCCUGGAGGGUUGUGUGUUUGUGUUGACUGGUGUGUUAGAGUCUAUGGAGAGGGAUGAUGCUAAGUCUCUAAUAGAGCGAUAUGGCGGCAAGGUCACGGGAAACGUCAGCCGUAAAACCAAUUACCUUGUUCUGGGACGAGACAGUGGAGUUUCAAAGACUGAAAAGGCGGAGAGUUUUGGCACUAAGAUCAUUAAUGAAGAUGAGUUGUUGGAACUCAUAAGAACCAAACCAGGCAAGAAGUCUAAAUACGAGAUUGCGGCAGAGGCAGAGAAUAAAUCCUCUAAGACAAGGACUCCAGACUCUAGAGGCAAGCCCACUCCUCCAGCCAAGAAGGCCACACCACAAGGGCCCAGUCCCAACAAGAGAAGCCCUUCAGAGAGGAAGUCUAAGCCUGGCUCUGCCUCUAAAUCUGGCACACGUGAGGCCUCUCGUUCAGAGGUCAAAAAGAGUUUGAGCUAUGAUCAAACCAAGACAGCAUCCCCUGUAUCCCACUCUACCCCACAGAAUGAUGGGAGCAGCCUGUUGUGGGUGGAUAAAUACCGCCCCCGCAGUCUGAAGAACUUGAUUGGACAGCAGGGGGAUCAGAGUUGUGCCAACAAGCUUCUGCGCUGGUUACAGCACUGGCAUAAACAUCACAGUGGCAAUACAAAAGCACCACCCAAAUUUGGUAAGUUUGGGAGUAAAGAUGAUGGUUCUGGAUUUAAGGCUGCAUUGCUAUCUGGUCCUCCUGGUGUUGGGAAGACCACUACUGCUGCUCUCGUCUGUGAGGAGUUGGGUUACAGCUACGUGGAGAUGAAUGCGAGCUGCACCCGCAGUAAGAACAGCUUAAAGGAAGUGAUCGCUGAAUCACUCAACAACACCAGCAUUAAGAACUUCUAUACCGGUGCAUCUCAGACAGUGAGCAGUAAACAUGUCCUCAUAAUGGAUGAGGUGGACGGAAUGGCAGGAAAUGAAGACAGAGGAGGAAUACAGGAGAUGAUUGGUCUGAUAAAGCAGUCAAAGAUUCCCAUCAUCUGCAUGUGCAAUGACCGCAAUCAUCAGAAGAUCCGCUCGCUGGCCAACUACUGCUACGACCUGCGGUUUCAGAGACCCCGUGUUGAGCAGAUCAAGGGGGCUAUGAUGUCUAUAGCUUUCAAAGAGGGUCUGAAGAUCCCACCCCCAGCACUGAAUGAAGUAAUCCUGGCGUCCAAUCAGGAUAUUCGACAGAUCCUGCACAAUCUGUGCAUGUGGUCGGCUAAAGACAAAGUCAUGACUUAUGACCAGGCCAAAGCUGAUGCUAAGAACGCUAAGAAAGACAUGAAACUGGGUCCAUUUGAUGUGUGCCGGAAGGUGUUUGCUUCAGGAGAGGAAACCGCCCACAUGUCUUUGAUUGACAAAUCAGACCUUUUCUUUCAUGACUACUCUUUAGCACCACUAUUUGUCCAAGAAAACUACCUGCAUGUCCGACCAGCUGCCGCAGGGGGAAAUCUGAAGAAUCAUCUGGUGUUGUUGAGUAAAACAGCAGACAGCAUUUGCGAUGGAGAUUUAGUGGACAAACAGAUUCGUUCCAAACAGACCUGGUCUCUGCUCCCUACACAGGCAAUUUAUGCAAGCGUGUUGCCAGGGGAACUGAUGCGUGGCUAUAUGAGUCAGUUUCCAACCUUUCCCAGCUGGUUGGGCAAGUUCUCAUCAGCUGGCAAACACAGCCGCAUCAUACAGGAGCUGGCUUCACACAUGAGCCUUAAGACGUUAAGUAGUAAGGAAGCAAUAAAUCUGGAUUACCUGCCAUAUUUGCGCUCCGCAAUAUUAGAGCCUCUUCAGUCCCAAGGUUCAGAAGGAGCCAAUCAGAGCGUGAAGCUCAUGGAUGAUUAUGACAUCAUUAAAGAGGAUGUUGAUAACAUGAUGGAGAUCAGCACAUGGGGUGGACAGUCGGAUCCUUAUUCUAAGCUAGACUCCAAGGUGAAAGCUGCAUUUACAAGAGCCUACAAUAAGGAAUCCCAUCUUACGCCGUACUCCUUACAAGUGGUUAAGAAAAGCCGUAAAGGUGCUGUUGACCCUGAGCUUGUAGGAGAGCUUGACGAUGAAUCUCAGGUCCAGGAAGAGGAAGAAAACGAUGGGCUUACCAGAGAUGCAAUGAUCAAGCAGAAGAAAGCCAAACCAGCAAAAGACGUCAAGCAAGAGAAACCAGGGGCUUCUGGGAAGGGGAAAGGCAGGGGUAAAGGAAAGGCCAAGAACUGAGAUAAACAUAGGAGGGUCUGAGACAGAAACCCUUAUUCUCUGUUUUCAUAAAGAUGUGAGUGGCUGAGUGACAUCAGCUCUAUAAACAGAACUUUUUUUGUCUGUGACUCAUACUUGUGCACUUCCUGAAAGCCAUCACUCAGCUUAAGCUGCUUUCAGCUGGGGGACCAGGCGCUGGGGGUGGACCACACAUUUUCACAGAAGCCAUUAUAUGGCUCACAAUUCAUCAAGCAUAUCAGACUUGACACAUGCAUCAUACUGUUAACACAUGACGUUAAGGCUAUAUUCAUCUUAAAGGUAAACAGUAUUAAGGGCACUUAGAGUCAUCUCACUCGUGUAACACCCAUGACAAAAUACAUGAGCAUUUUAAUAUAUUACCUUCACAAUUACACAAACCUCUUCCACUAAAGAUGUGGACACCCACUGUACUUUGCUGCAUGUCAGCUUAGUAAUCACAUUGUAAAUAUGUAUCUGUCAUAUUUGCUUUUUUCCUUUGUUACUUUGAAUACUUGCAGAUAUAUAAAUAAUACCUUUCUUAGUGUUUUCUAUGGCAGCACUUUUGGAUCUAGACUUAUAGUGUUAUAAAAAUUAUUCUGUAAAUGACUUGAUGUGUGCUAUUUCAAAAAUUAAAACGAGAAUUAUGUUGUAGACAUGUA